CUUUUCUCCGGGCUGGGUGGUCUUGGCGCCGACCCUCCGAUUCCAGAACCCUCUUGGUGUCUCUUGUUCUUGCCGCAUGCAUCUUACCUACAAUCCCUACACAACCUCCCCCUACCAUUCUAUUGUCUCGCCAAUUCCAACCCUAGAAAAUAGAAGAGGGGCCGAAAAAAGAAAGAUGUCCUUCUACGUCGCCCCCAGCCAGCAGCGCACUCUCCGCGCCUGCAUGGUUUGCUCGCUCGUCCAACUGCACAGCAAAUUCAUGCGCGAAGGCUGUCCCAACUGCGACAACGUCCUCGGCCUCCGGGGUAACAACGACGCGAUCCAAGAAUGCACGUCGCAGGUCUUCGAGGGCCUAGUGACGCUCCGCGAUCCCACCACCAGCUGGGUGGCUAGAUGGCAGAGAUUGGAUAGUUAUGUGCCGGGGACGUAUGCGGUUAAGGUUACGGGGUCGGUGAGUAUACACCCAGAUUAUUAUGGUGGUGGCGGUAGUGGUGGUGAAGAGGAUAUCGGGCUAAUAGUGGUGGGUGAACAGCUUCCCGACGAGAUUAUUUCCAGUUUGGAGGAUUCAGGCGUGAAGUAUAUUCCGAGGGACGGUAGCACGGGUGAAGAGGAGGCGUGAUCCAUCGAUCGCUAUCUGCUUGCUCAGAUGUUUUUCUUCGCUGCUUUCGUUCGUUUGCGCCAUAUGUCGGUUCUCUAUCUUGCACGGCAUAGCGAUAUUUUCUUCAAAAAAGGGAGGAUGGCUUGGCCUUCUUUCUUCGAUUUGCACGAUUGGAGUUUCGGUUCUACAAUUUUCUCUUUUUAUCAUGUACGGUACGGGGUUUGUCGGGUUGGUUUGAUUUUGCACACUGUUUAUAAUUUACAAAGGGGCAUGUCUACUGGAUACCCGGACAAUAGAUCAAGAUCAAGAUCAACGUUGCCUUGGCGGCAUCA